AGCAUGAUCUCCGACUUCUUCUAUCCACAGCCAGGUGGUGUGGAAAGUCACAUAUAUCAAUUGUCGACGAAGCUCAUCGACCGCGGUCACCGUGUCAUCAUCAUCACCCACGCCUACUCCGCGCCUCAUCCAUCUCGCUCUGGCGUUCGCUACCUAACGAAUCGGCUCAAAGUGUACCAUCUGCCGCACUGGGUCGUUUAUCGAAGCACCACCUUUCCCACGGUCUUCAGCUCCUUUCCCAUUCUCCGUCAGAUCUUCAUCCGAGAACAGAUUCAGAUCGUUCAUGGCCAUGCGUCGCUCAGCAACCUCUGCCAUGAAGGUCUGCUGCAUGCGCGGACUAUGGGUCUGGCGACUGUGUUUACCGAUCACAGCCUGUUUGGGUUCAGCGAUGCGGCGAGUAUCAUGGCAAACAAGUUGCUGAAGUUCAGUCUAAGUGAUGUAGGCCACGUUAUCUGUGUCAGCCACACUUGCAAGGAAAACACCACUCUCAGAGCCUCCCUGAACCCGCUCGCCGUCUCCGUCAUCCCGAAUGCAGUGGUGGCGAGCAACUUCCGGCCUCUACAGCCGCACGAAGCAAAGCUGCUAACACAGGGCGGCAAAGGCGCAUUACUACCACCUCCACCGGAUCCGAGCCAACCUGUCGGUCCCAAUGACCCUAUCACCAUCAUUGUCAUCUCUCGCUUAUUCUACAACAAGGGUACCGACCUUCUCAUCUCAGCAUUGCCGCUUCUUCUCCGUCGCCACGAGAAUCUGCGCUUCAUCAUCGCUGGCUCCGGUCCAAAAGCCAUUGAUCUUGAGCAGACACUGGACUCGCUGCCGCAACAGCUCGUUUACACCGCCAGCGGCUCGCCACGUGUGGUUUUGCUUGGCAGCAUCCGGCACGAAGAGGUACGGGAUGUCAUGGUGCGAGGCCACCUUCUCCUGUCUACGAGCUUGACAGAAGCCUUCGGUACCGUGCUUGUGGAAGCGGCAUCCUGCGGUCUCAUGGUCGUGGCAACGCGCGUUGGUGGCGUACCCGAGGUUCUACCUGGAAAUAUGACCAUCUUUGUGCUACCAGAAGUCGAAGACGUGGUCCGCGGCGUCACCGAAGCAGUAGGCCUGCUCAUAUCGAAAGCGGUGCGAAGAGAUAAGUUUCACGACUUGGUGAAGAACAUGUACUCGUGGUCAGACAUUGCCCGCCGCACCGAGCGCGUCUACGACCUCAUUACUGGCUGUCCUUCAGCGCCCGACAACAUAGCUAACUAUGACGAGGAAUGGCAGCACUAUGGUCAGAUGGCCCAUACACAGUCUCAGGCACUUAUCGAUCGGCUGAAGCGAUACUUCGGCUGCGGUGUCUGGGCCGGCAAGCUGUUUGUUGUAGUGGUGGUGGUGGACUAUCUCAUCUAUUGCGUGUUGGAGCUGAUCUAUCCGCGGGAAGGCAUCGACGUAUGUAAGCCGUGGCCAGUCAUGGGUGCAGAUGACGGUACCUUCGGCAUCGAGGAGGUGGUCUUGGAGAGGUUCGGGACGGUCAGGCAGAAGACACGGCGUUGAGCGUCCUGGUCUCACUGGCAGCAAUGGGAAGCUGUCGGCUCAACCUGCUGGACUGACACAGUGUCGAUGCCUGAGGUUCCGUUUUCGGCCCGGCACCUUUCGGCAAUGCACCCCUCGCGCACUAAU